UGCUCCCGGCUCCUGUACGGGGGUGCUCCGUCUCUGCAUUUCUUCCAUAAGUAGUAGCCAAGUUGCUCGCCCCCGCCCGUAGUCCUUUGCGCAAAGAGGAAAAAGGGAGCUCCUCCCACCCCCCGACCGACGCCGCCCGCCGCAGAUCUAUUGCAACACCUGUAAGCUUCUCCGCCUCCUGAGUUUCUCUCCCUUCGGCUCGGCUAGCUAGGGUUUCCCUCUACCUAGCUAGCUAGCUAGCUUCCUCUUCCUCCAUCCUACCUCGGUUCUUACUGUUGCUGCAGCAGCGACUGUGGGGAGGGGAGGAGGGGAACAAGGGGGGAAGAUAGGAUGGCGGGGAGGAGGGAGAGGAUUGCGAUACGGAGGAUCGAGAAUCUGGCGGCGAGGCAGGUCACCUUCUCCAAGCGCCGGCGGGGCCUCUUCAAGAAGGCCGAGGAGCUCUCCAUCCUCUGCGACGCCGAGGUCGGCCUCGCCGUCUUCUCCGCCACCGGCAAGCUCUUCCAGUUCGCCAGCUCCAGCAUGAACCAGAUUAUUGAUCGGUAUAACUCUCAUUCCAAGAUACUUAAGAAAGCAGAUGAGCCAUCUCAGCUGGACUUGCAUGAGGACAGCAAUUGUGCAAGACUAAGGGACGAGCUUGCAGAAGCAAGCCUCUGGCUCCAGCAGAUGAGAGGAGAGGAGCUCCAGAGCCUGAACGUCCAGCAGCUUCAGGCUCUAGAGAAGAGCCUCGAGUCCGGGCUCGGCUCUGUUCUGAAAACCAAGAGCCAAAAGAUCAUGGACCAGAUCAGCGAGCUAGAAAGAAAGAGGGUGCAGCUGAUAGAGGAAAACGCAAGGCUAAAGGAGCAACUGCAGGCGUCCAAGAUGGAGAUGCAAGUCGCCGCUGAUUCACCGGUGGUGUACGAGGAAGGACAGUCGUCUGAGUCCGUCACCAACACGUCGUAUCCGCGCCCUCCCCUCGACACCGAGGACAGCUCCGAUACCUCUCUCAGGCUCGGAUUACCACUCUACAACUCGAAGUGAUUGGCUGGAAAUUAUCCGAAGCAAAGUGAUGGUUGGUCGCAACAAGCUCCUGAAUCGAACCGCGCGCUGCAUCGAAUAAACAGUUUGAGUGCGCUGGAUGAUGUGUGUAAUCUAAAAGAAGACUGGCUUCUGUUAUAUAGUAUAGUGUGGCAUAAUAAGAGAACAGGUUCUUUUGAUAUUACCUGCGAGUGCUGUUUUUCCCCGUCCUUGUCCUGUGCUGUAAAGCUUUAGUAGACCCCUGAGUAUCCAGCAGAACUCUGAGUUGCUUCAAUCACUCCUUGCAAGUAAAUCAGCCACUGGCACAGUGGCAUAUUGAUUUCAACAUAAGAAGGGGGAAAAAAUGUAUGUUAUGA